GAUGUGGUGAGCGUGGAGCGUGUCGCUGGCCGCAAGGCCCGGGUGGAGAGCGGCUACUUCUCCUUGGAGCGGGCCAAGUCGGACUCCGUCCACGGCCUGUGCCCGGCAGCGGGCGUGCGGGCGGGGGAGAGCCGGGGGGGGCCCAGCUCCUCGCCAGCAACGGCGCCCGGGCUCCUCAACCUGGGCCGCCUCACCUCCUCGCAGAGCUCCUUCGAGUCGGAGACCAGCUGGGGGACGGCGGCCAGUGCGGGCAGCUCGGACCACCGAGCCUCCCGCCGGGACUACAGCGCGCUGGCCGACAUCCCCAAGACCAAGAGGAUCAGCGGCCGCGACAAGCUGGAGCAGGACUGCAAACAGCUGGUGCCACGGGCACGCAACCGCAGCCCCGGUCGAGAGGAGGUCGAACGCUUGUUUGGGCAAGAACGCAGGCCGGUCAACGAGACGUACCGCGAGUUUGCCCCCGGCACCGCGGGUGGGACGGGAAGAGAAGCGACCACCUCUCAUCGGCUAGACGAAGAAUCGAGAACGAGUAAGGUCUACCCCAGGAAAUACCAGCAGAAGGAGACGGAACGAGAAAUCCCUCAACAGUCUUUCUCCAGCCUCUUGAAGAGCAAAAUGCGAGAUCCUCCCGCCAGUGCUAAGUACGACAGGCCUGACCGAGGCCUCACGAAACAGGUCUCCUCAUUUUCGAUGACCAGCAAAGACAAACAUCGAUUGCUAACUCAGCAACACGAUAAGGUGGAUACAAAGACCUACUCGCACAAAGAUGAAGUGAAAAUCUGCACUAAAUGUUCUCGUGUUGCUUCAGACACUAACAAGGCAGAUAGAAAGUUUUCUAAAGAAGACUCGAGUUCUUAUUCUGGGUAUCUGCAGUCUGCCGCCAAGAUGGACAACCGAUUCUCCACGCCGGAGCAGAGCGCCCACUCGGGAUACCAGCGAUCUACUGCCAAACGAGACCAGGUGGAAACUAGCUUCCCCGAGAGGACUCCACACCCAGCAUAUGUACGGGCUUUCUCCAGGAGUGAUCGGGUUGAUGCAGGUAUUUCCUCAUUAGAAGAACAGAAAUCAUACACGGGAUACCUAACCAGAAGUGAUCGGGUGCCUCUCAAGCUCAACUCAAUAGAAGAGUCAAGCUCUUGCGUUGGAUAUCACAAGACUUCCCUGGCUGAGAGAGGAUUCUCAACCAGGGGCAACUCCGCCACGCCAAACAAAGAUGUCUACGCCCAGACAGCCGACAAGCACGAGAAGACCGAGCGAGGAUUCCCGAAUCGGCCCACUUCCAACUCGCUGCACAAAGAUCUCCGGCAACAGGUGGCCAACAAGGACAGUAAGACUGACAGAGGAGUCUCGCUGAGGAGCAACGUGGACUUGCCCGGCAAAGAUGUCUACCCACAGACCACCACCAGGCUUGAGAAGACUGACAGAGGAUUCUCGAACAGACCCACUUUGAACUCUCCGAACAAGGAACUCUAUUCACCGACACCCGACAAGCCCAGCAAGCCAGAUCUCCUGAAUUUCAAGAAGGGUUGGAUGUCCAUUCUGGGUGACUCUGGCGAGUGGAAGAAACACUGGUUUGUUCUGACGGACUCCAGCCUGCGGUAUUACCGAGACUCCACAGCAGAGGAGGCCAAUGACUUGGACGGAGAGAUUGACUUACGGAACUGCAGCAACGUCACUGAGCACCAGGUCCAGCGGAAUUAUGGCUUCCAGAUUCACACAAAAGAGAUGGAUUACACCCUGUCAGCCAUGACCUCUGGCAUUCGCAGGAACUGGAUCGAGGCUCUCAGGAAGAAUGUCCGUCCCAGCUCUUCGCCAGACGUGACAAAUUUAACAGAUAGCAAUAAAGAGAACACCUUCUGCGACGCCAUUGCCAGAAGGACUGCGGUGAGGCAGGAGGCGACGGUUCCAGAGAGGACGUGGGCGGACGUGCAGAGGGGGAGCCGCAGGACAGACGGCCACCUGCAUCAGCCGCCGUCGCAGGACUGCGUGGAGCUGGCGCCCGUGCAGCAGCAGCUGCUGCAGUCGUUGCGCGCGCCGGAUUCGGCGCCCGCCCGCGUCCAGGAGUCGGCGCGGACUCGCAGCCCGGACUCCCCGCUGCAGCUGCGCGCGCAGGGCUGCACCAAGAAGGAGGAGCUGCAGCAGGAGCAGGUGCAGCGGCUGUCCGAGCGCAGCAAGUGGUUCGAGGCAGGGGUGCCGAGCGAGAGCCCGAGGGGGGAGGCGGACUGGAGCUUUGUGCCCGUCCAAAUCCCCCAGCCCCUCGGCAAGGACAUCGAGGUGAAGUGGCAGGAACUGGAGUGCAUCCCGCUGCGCGACCACAAGCAGGUCCCCCUCCUGUGCUUACGGCCGUCCCAAACCAACGCAGGCACUGCCGGGACCACGGAGCGGCUGAAGAAGGAGAUCCAAUCCCUGAACGCACAGCUGGACGAGGCCAGGAAAGAGCUGGAAUCUUUCCGGGGGCAAACCGGGCGGCUGCAGGGACAGCUGUGCGCAUCCGAGGACCAAAGGAAGGCGGCUCCCAAAGGCUACGUCUCUCAGGCUACCUGCGAGCGCAGCUUCAAGGAGAUGGAGGAAUCGCACCGCAAGGCGAUGGAGGAGCAGCUGCGGCAACACAAGCGGGAGCUGGAGAGGAUGCAGCAGGACAAAGACCGGCUGCUGUCUGAGGAGACCAGCGCUACCAUUGCAGCCAUUGAAGCAGUGAAGAAGGCACAUCGAGAAGAACUGGAGAAGGAGACGGAUAAACUGCGCUCGAAGCGAAGCAUUGUGGCCAACAGCGACCUGGAGAGGCUGAACAAGCAGCACCAGGACGAGCUGCUGUCGCUGCAGCAGGAGCUGCAGGUCCUGUCGGAGCAGUACUCCCGCAAGUGCCUGGAGAUCGAUUGCCAGGUGAAGGAGACGCAGCUGAGGGAGAAGGACCUGUGCCGGAGCCAGCGGGAGAACAAGGAGCUGCUGCGGCAGAACCAGGAGCUGAACGGCCAGUUGUCGGACGAAAUAGCACGAAUACGCGAGCUGGUGACAAGGAAGAGCCAGGAUCACACGGCCAACCUAUCUGUCACAGGUGACAGAGGCAGCUGUGAACUGGAGAUGUUGCUACGGGUGAAGGAGAAUGAAGUGCAGAAUAUGCGGAAGGAGACCGUGUGCCUACGCGACGAGCUUCAGACCAUGCAGUGGGAUAAGAAGUACGCCACAGACAGGUACAACGACAUCUUCGUAGAACUAAGCGUCAUGAAGGUCAAAACGGAACGGGAGCUGAGCCAGGUGAAGGAACAGCUAAAGCUGGCGUUGUCGGCGCUGAAAGAGAAAGAGUCUUUGCAGAACAGCAUCGCUAAAUGAUGACCCUGGCCUGUCCUGGCCACAGAGGAACAGACGCGACCAGCGAGCCUACAGUCGCGGCCGCAGCGCGGAGUUCCACUCCGACGAGGACCCGCCGGGACCGCCCGCUCCGUGCCUUCUUCCUUUUCCUUAUUUUUUUAAUCACGUCUCCCAAUGUGGAUCACACUGCUGUGAAAUUAAAACUGAAUAUAUAUAUAUGUAUACACACACAGGUUGUCAGUCGCCGCCCUCCUGCCUUCCGCCCGUCGCCACGGCAACCGCAGGCCGGCUGGUGAGGCGCCGCACCUGCGACGGGUGUUGACGGCGGCUGAACCGGCACCGGCUCCGUGCCAGCCCGUCGGGAGGCACCGGCCCGUUCUCCGGCAGGUUCGAGAUCAACGCUGGCCAACACAGGCCCGGGUUUAAAUGGAUCAUCUUCCCCCUCGCUCCAGCCUCCCCCUCGGGACACCCCCAUGUCCGGCCAGCAUGGACAGAGUGAGUGCAUCGGUUGCUCAGCACUUUAGCUCCCCGCUCCCAUUCCCACACUGACCUUUCUGUCCUGGGCCUCCUCCACUGCCAGAGUGAGUGAGGCCCAGCGCAAAUUGGAGGAACAGCACCUCGUAUUUCGCUUGGGCAGCUUACACCCCAGCGGUAUGAACAUUGACUCACUAACUUCAAGUAACGCUUGGUUUCCCUCUCCAUCCUCCAUCCCCCUCCCCCUUCCCAGUUCUCCCACCUGUCUCCGACUACAUUUUAUCUCUCUUUGCUUUGUUGUCACCUUCUCACAGCUAACAAUGCUCUAUUCUACAUGUUCCUUGAUCUCCAUUCUCUUUGUCCUGUUUUCACACCUUACACUUCCUUAUCUAUGUACCACCCACUCGCCUGACAUCAGUCUGAAGAAGUGUCUCGACCCGACACGUCACCCAUGCCUUCUUUCCAGCGAUGCUGCCUGUCCCGUUGAGUUACUCCAGCUUUUUGUGUCUAUCUUGAACUUUGCUCUGCAUUCUUCCUCUCUGCAUCACUGAUGCCGGAUGUCAGGGAUCGGGAUGUCAGCUCCAGC